CAUUGGAGCACUGCAAACAAUUGGAGGAAAGGGAUUGGAGACAACUCUGUGAGUUCACUCUCUUCUCUGUCACUACGCCCACUCACGAUCGCAUACACCCCACUAAAAAAGCACGCUUGGAGAAGCCAAAAGUCUCUUGCUUUCCUCAUUUAUAUGGAACUACGAUGUUAGUUCACGCCAGGGGAUAGGCCACUCAUGGGUUGGGUUUUUUCCGUAUUCCAGGACUUCAACGAUUUUGCCACGUGCUUGUAAGAUAGAUGUGCUACCUACGUGAUUGCUGCAUAUUAGUAGUAAAGAUAUUUACACGGUUGAUGGAUCAAGCGAAGUUAAAUUCGAGAACUCGUUGCUCGGGCUCAACACCAUCUGAGGAAUCAGCUAUGGACCUUGAAAAAUACUGUUGCAGUCACUCAUGUCGGCCUUCAUUUAGUCCACCGUCACUUCAACCCCAUGCUUCUGCAGGACAACACGGCGAGAGUAGUGCUGCUUACUUUUCAUGGCCUUGUCGAAUAAAAGACGAUGCUGAAGAGAGGGCAAAUUACUUUGCUAACCUACAGAAGGGGGUUUUACCCGAGUCACUUGAUGGUCAAUUUCCAGAAGGUCAGCGAGCAAAUACCUUGCUUGAGCUCAUGACCAUCAGGGCAUUUCAUAGCAAGAUCUUGCGCUGUUAUAGUCUUGGCACAGCAAUUGGUUUUCGGAUUCGACGUGGCAUUUUGACGAAUAUACCAGCAAUACUGGUGUUUGUAUCACGAAAAGUCCACAAGCAGUGGCUUAGUCCAAUCCAAUGUUUACCAACUGCUUUGGAGGGACCAGGAGGGGUGUGGUGUGAUGUGGAUGUGGUGGAAUUUUCAUAUUUUGGUGCUCCAGAGCCAACGCCUAAGGAGCAGUUGUACACUGAGCUUGUUGAUGACCUGCGUGGGAGUGAUCUACGUAUUGGUUCAGGUUCUCAGGUUGCAAAUCAAGAAAACUACGGGACCUUGGGUGCUAUUGUAAAGAGCCAAACAGGCAAUCGGCAAGUUGGUUUCCUGACAAAUCGACAUGUUGCUGUUGAUUUAGAUUAUCCAAAUCAAAAGAUGUUUCAUCCUUUACCACCAACACUUGGACCCGGUGUUUACCUUGGUGCAGUUGAAAGAGCAACUUCAUUCAUCAGAGAUGACCUCUGGUAUGGAAUAUUUGCUGGCAUAAAUCCAGAGACCUUUGUGAGAGCAGAUGGUGCUUUUAUCCCUUUCACUGACGAUUUCGACAUGACUGCUGUAACUACGUCCGUGAAAGGGAUAGGAGAGAUUGGAAAUGUUAAAAUUAUUGACUUACAAUCUCCAGUUGACAGUCUUAUUGGAAAGAAAGUAAUGAAAGUCGGAAGAAGUUCUGGUUUGACUGCCGGAACUGUAUUGGCAUAUGCUCUUGAGUACAAUGAUGAGAAAGGGAUAUGCUUCUUGACUGAUUUUCUUGUUGUUGGCGAGAACCAACAAACAUUUGACCUUGAAGGAGAUAGUGGAAGUCUCAUCGUUUUGAAGGGUGAAAAAGAAGAAAAGCCACGUCCAAUUGGGAUAAUCUGGGGUGGGACUGCAAAUAGGGGCCGUCUAAAACUAAAAAUUGGCCAGCCUCCAGAAAACUGGACUAGUGGAGUUGAUCUUGGGCGACUGCUCAAUUUCCUUGAGCUCGAUCUGAUCACUACAAAUGAAGCUCUGAAAGUUGCAGUUCAAGAACAGAGAUCUGCUUCCAUGACAGGGGUCGGCUCUAACGCUGGAGACUCCUCGCCUCCCGAUGUAAUGCUUCCCAAGGAUAAAUCCGAGCCUUUGGGUCUUCACAUUCAACAUUUGCCCUUGGAAAAUGGUGCAGGUGGUCCAGAUAUAAACUCAUCUCCAGUGGAAGCAGCAUUCGAUUUGGAAGAAGGGUUGAACCCAGGUCCAAGUGUCGAACAUCAGUUCAUACCAAGCUUUAGUGGGCGGUCCAUAAUUCAUCGUGAUGAUCAACAAGAAACUGAAGAAAGACUGAUGCUUGGCAAUCUCUCUGUAUUGAGGAAUACUUCUGAUGAAGACAUUCGAUUUUCCUUGCAGCUGGGUGAAAACGAGCCCAAGAGAAGAAGAUCAGAGCCUAUAAUACCUAGAAUGGAAGAACCAUAAGAAUUUUUCUCAUCUUCUGCUUUUUCCUUUAAAGGACCCAAAUUGAGUUUUCACCUGCAACUUGAAAUAAGAAUGUCUCGUACAGUUUGUCUAAGUUACCACAUCUAUGUUGUCACUGAUACUGAAAUGUGCAUUACUUCUAAUGUGCCAUAUUUCUAUUUA